AUGGCUUUGUUGCAGAAUAUCUCUGAUAACAUUGCUGCUGUUGGUAACAACCAAGAAGAGGAAAUAAAGAAAAUGGAAAGUCCGAAGAAAGCUGAGGUUGAUCCUUUGAAGACCAAUGAAGAGGAUAGGGAAAUUGCAACCAUGGAAACUGAGGAAAUUCCCGAGAAGAAGAGUGAAGAAGCUGGUGAUAAAAUAGAAAAAGAUAUUUCGCGGACUCCAUCCAAAGAGGCAUCUUCUGUGGAAGAAUCAACUGCCAUUGAGUCGGCAGGGAAGAAGCAGUCACCUGUUAAGGAAUCACCUGGGAGAAAAUCGCCCGUGAAAAAAGAUAAUAAGAAGGACGAAAACCAAGAGAACGUUGGUGAAGCAGCAGAACAAGAAGAAGAUGAAGAGGAAGAUGAGAAGUCUGAACAAAAGAAAGGUAUUUUCGACAUGCCAUUAGAAGUGGAGGGUAAACGUGAGCGUCAUAAAGUUGAACGUAUCUCUAUUGGAACUCCAACCGUUAAGAAGGCACCUUCUGAAAUGAAAAUGGGGAACGGUGUACCGCUCGGUGAAAUCGCAUACAUCGACGAUCAGCUCAAAAAACACAGCGCUGAUGAGCUACAAGUUAUGCAUCGUCUGAUUUAUGGACACAUCGGAAAGGCAUCAAUAAUUAGGAGGGAAAUUCGCAAAUUUACUGGAUUCGCCUUCGCAGAGGAUACACCAGAAUUCAAGCAUAAAGUCGCCUUCCUACAAAAACUCACAAUGGAUCAGCUCAAGAUUUUAAAGAAAAUCUUAGGUCUUCAGAGUGGAGCAAACACAAAGGAGGCUCUGGUGACCACUAUCAUGGUGUUCAUGAUGAAAACAGUAGACCAUGAACGUAAAGUGCCAACUAAAAAGCGGAAAUCAACAGCAAAAACACCUUCAACAGCUAAGCGACAAAGGAAAUCGAAGGGAUUGGAUGAUACUGUGGAAGACGACGACGAAGAGGAGGAGGAAGAGGAGAAAGAAAAAGAGAAGGAGAAGGAGAAAACACCUAAGAAGACCCCGAAAAAACCUGCUAGCGCUAGGAAGCCAAGAAAGAAGAAAGAGUCGGAGAGCAAAGAAGCUACUCUGAAGAUGGAAUCCGAGAAUGACCCUGAACCAGCAAAAAACAAAUCGAGGAAGAUAACGAAGAAGAGUAGCGAUGACGACACGAGCUCGAAUACAUCUGAAGAAACCCCACAGGAGAAUAACCCUUCUGAAAAAGACCUAGAGGAUGUUAUUGAAGAGCUGCUUUCGACGUUUGAUUUAGCCCAGGUAAGCAUGAAGCAAAUGUGUCAAGCGGUAAUUGAAAGAUUCCCCGGUACAACCAUCGGCAAUCGCGUCGACUUUCUGAAGUCCAAGAUAAAGCAAGCACUGUCAACUAAGUGA